UUGAGAAACUGCCCUACAUAUUGAUAUAGACUCUGUUGUAGUACAUCUCUUCCAGUGACAGACAAUUGGGAAAGGUAUUUUGGACUGUAGGGUGUUUGUUAUGGGUGGCAAAGGAGAGAGCCCUGCAAUAGGUAUCGAUCUGGGGACGACGUACUCAUGCGUGGGAGUGUGGCAAAAUGAUCGUGUAGAGAUAAUACCCAAUGACCAAGGAAACAGAAUGACACCUUCCUAUGUUGCAUUUAAUGACAAAGAACGAUUGAUAGGUGAUGCUGCCAAGAACCAAGUCGCCAGAAACCCUACCAACUCCAUCUUUGAUGCGAAGCGGUUGAUUGGCAGGAGAUUCAGUGAUCCCUUGGUUCAGAAAGAUAUCAAACAUUGGCCAUUCAAGGUCAUUGAAGGUCCUGGUAAUAAGCCUCUGAUCAUGGUGAACUAUAAGGGCGAAGAGAAGCUCUUUGUUGCCGAAGAAAUCUCGUCUAUGGUCCUGACAAAGAUGCGUGAGAUUGCUGAGGCGUACCUAGACACAACUGUGAAUAAAGCGGUUAUCACUGUCCCUGCCUACUUCAAUGACGCUCAGCGUAAGGCCACAAAGGAUGCUGGAAGCAUUGCAGGCCUGGAUGUCCUGCGUAUAAUCAAUGAACCAACUGCUGCAGCCAUUGCUUAUGGUCUUGACAAGAUGGCAGGUAGGGUUGGCAGGAGAAACGUGUUGAUUUUUGAUGUGGGUGGUGGUACUGCUGAUGUCUCACUACUUACCAUUGAAGAGGGUGUGUUUGAAGUGAAGGCUGUUUCUGGAGACACACAUCUUGGAGGUGAGGACUUUGAUGACAGAAUGGUAAAGCAUUUUGUUGAAAUAUUUAAGAGGCAGCAUAAGGUGGACAUUAGUGGAGACUCUAGAGCUCUUAGGAGGUUGAGAACUUAUUGUGAGAAAGCAAAGAGGAUUCUUUCUUCUGCAAUUGAUACUACCAUUGAAGUUGAUUGUUUAUAUGAUGGUAUUGAUUUCUUUUCAACUAUUAAUCGUGCCAAAUUUGCUGAACUCAACAUUGAUUUGUUCAGGAAGUGUAUCGAGCCUGUGAAAAAAUGUUUGGCUGAUGCUAAGAUGGAGAAGAGUUUAGUUGAUGAUGUUGUUCUUACGGGUGGCUCUUCCAGAAUUCCCAAGUUGCAGCAGUUGUUGCAGGACUUCUUUGAUGGGAAGGAGCUCUGCAAGAGCAUUAAUCCGGAUGAGGCUGUGGCUUAUGGAGCCGCUGUUCAAGCUGCAAUCUUGACCGGAACGGGUAAUGAGAAAAUUCAAGAGAUAACACUCUUAGAUGUCACCCCUCUGUCCCUCGGUGUAGAGCUUGAUGGAUUAGAGAUGUCUGUUUUGAUUCCAAGGAAUACCGCAAUUCCCACCAAGAAGGAGAGAGACUACACCACUGUCUUUGACAACCAGACUUCUAUAUGGUUCCAAAUUUACGAGGGUGAGAGAGCAAGAUCUUGUGAUAACAACUUGUUGGGAGAAAUUACGAUUCCUGUUACUCCAGCACACAGGGGUGCUGCUUAUGUAAUAGUUUGUUUUGAAAUUGACAUCAAUGGUAUCUUGAAUGUUUCAGCUAAGGAUAUGAUCACUGGUGUGACAAGGAAGGUCACUAUUACCAAUGAAAAGUCAAGACUGUCCAAAGAAGAGAUUGAGAGGAUGGUCUGUGAUGCAAAGACAUAUAUGGAUGAAGAUGAUGAGCACAGGAAGAAGGUUAAGGCUAAGUUAGAUUUGGAUAACUAUGCCUAUGACAUGAGAAAUGCUAUCAAUGACAAGAUGAUUGGCACCUUGCUUGACCCUGAAGUUCAGAAAAAGAUUAAAGAUGCUGUUGAACAUGUGAUUCAAUGGUCAUUAGAUGACAUCCGGGUUGUGGAUUUAAAACAAUAUCAAGACAAGCUGAAUUGGCUCGAGAGAAUCUGCAAUCCCAUUAGAGAUUGUAGGCAACUACUCUAAAUUUGAGUCACCAGUGUUCCUAUUUUGACUAAAUUGUGUCUAAAACCUUUUGUUCUA